AUGGCAACCACAUUAUCAGGAAGAUAUGCAUUCCAUGAAGAUUUCUGGAAAGAAAAUUACAAACUUACAAAAAGUAUCGAUGCAAAAGUACAACAAUUGACCAAAUUAGGGUUCUGCAAGGAACAUGAAUGCCAAGAUUCUAUCGACGCCACUAGAGCAUAUUCUAAUGCCGAAGAGGUGUUCGAAGGACCAAGAAUAUACAUAGAUAACUGUUAUGCAGCGAGGAAUAUAUGUCAAAAUAUCAAUUAUCUCGACAAGAAACAAGUACGGUCAUACUUCCAGGAACAAGGAAUAGAUAUAGAAGAACCUACUUGUGAAGUAAUAUUCCAGGAUCAUAAGAUACGCGAAGUUCUAGAACAUCUCUCACAUCUCGUCUCAUUAACAGAAGAAUGUAAGGACCCAGAUCCUACAGCUUUCGUAUUCAAGCAAACACCGAAAAAAGGAUCUUAUGUAACACCUGCAGAUGAUAAACAAGCGGUUUACAAUGCAUACGACACAGAUUUCAAAAUACGCUACAAGUCACCGGAACACGUAAAGGCACAUCAUACCGCUGCAGCACCAAGCCUCUAUCAUCUAUACGAUGCUGUCGCCGAUGGCGUGGAACGUGUUAUAUCAGCUGAUAAAGAAAAUGAAGAAACGAAUUUUGAUUAUCUAGAGAAAGCAUGUAACCAAAUUGAACUGUUUACUGGAGCCACCGUAUCUUGUGUAGAAAUAGUACGAGACAUACUGCAAGAUUAUAGCAAACUCAAGUAUGUCUCUCUAUCCAAAGAGAUAACGAAAGGACAAACACAAAAUCUGAAAGAUGUCAUAAAGACAGUAACAGCUGUUAAUAAAGAAUUUGUGAAACGUGGUGCCGUUAAACAAGAUUUAGGUAUAUCGCUUUCACCAGGAGGAUUCUUCUUAUCCAUGUUUAUUGGAUUUGUAGACCAACUAAUCGAACUCAAUGUCAUUAAUAUGACAACACCAAUGGCAGGUAGCUCAGCAGGCUCACUAGCCGCAGCAGCGACAAUGAUGUACGGUGUAGACCGUAGGUAUAUGAUGAACGUAGUUGAAUCACUAUGCGCCCUAAUGAUGGAAGGACCACCAACAGGAACUCUAGAUCGCCUAGUAAUGAAAGAUCUUCACAGAAUAGUGUCACCGGGAACAUAUAAAACCAUGAAUGAAAGAAUUGGUACAGUAAGGAUCAAUUUUGCAGAAUGGCAAAACCGCUCAAUGAUACCCAGAUAUAUCAUAGAAGCCAGAAGCGAUAAGGAACUCAUAGACGCACUCAGAUCUAGUUGCAAUGUACCGGGGUUCUCGAGAGUUGGAGGGAUCAAUUUUAGAGGCGCACCAAUGUACGAUGGAGUUUUUUCUACAGAUGGUUAUUUCUUAGGAACAACAAAGGCAGCUGGAAGAAGAACUGUUAGGUUUAUGCCAAUGCCAGUAGGAUAUGGACGUAAAAUCAAAAAGAACUUACAAAAUGAUAUUGUUAAUUCACUUUUGCAAAAGAAAGAUAAAUAUUUCAUAUACUUUUUAAGAUUGAAGAGCCUAAUCAAGCAGUUGUUGGCACGUAGGAUACAGUACCAAAAUUUGGACAUGAUAGCUGCGUGGCGUGAAGAAAUAGCUUUGUCAAUCAAGGUUUAUAAUGCGGCAGUUACAGAAAAAAAAGGAAUCAAGGCAGCAGCGGGAAGUAUCGGCCAAUGGGUAGCCAUGCUAUCAAGGCAACCAGGCGAAACUAUUAACGGGAACAAUGUAAAACAAGAUUGCCGACUUAUAAAACUGUUCAAAUUGGUAGUAGCAUCGGAAAUUACUUUAAAUGUAGGACCAUGUUCAACAAAUCAUGCAGGCGGAUUUAAGGGAGACCUUUCCGGAGUAUGUAUCAUGAGAACAUUCGGCGACCCUCUAUACCCCAAAAAAACGAAUGAUGUAAAGAUGGUAGCUACUCCACAUACGUUAUUGGAAUGGCUGAUAUAUGAAGAGUCACUGUUGGAUAGGAAAACCAAUGUUGACGGUAUGACCGCAGUAGAAGAAGAAAUUAUUGUACUUGGAGAUUUAAUGCACCAUCUAACGCCACCACCAUCACUGACGUACUACUACACAGAUUUCCCAUAUCUGCUCCUGGCAGCGUCAGUUAAACUCAAAAAUAUAGUUCCCGCGUUCUACGCGCAACAAAGACAAAAUGUACGUCACAUGCUAGAUGUUGGAAGGGCUAUAUCUUACCGCUGGGUUCUAGGUGAAUACAUUGCGUUUGAGAAUUGGAUAUAUCUGAGGAUCAAGCAACUUAAAGAAAACCCAAAAUCUUCUAUGAUUUUGAGAAACGGUGACCUCGCCGCUCUUAAUGACCUGAAAAAUAAGGAAUGGUUCGAACCGAUACACAUGAUGCAACACAAACGUUUGAAUGAAACCAUACAGCUGUUAGACAAGACGAAGGUCGAAGAACUGUUUGAAGCAUUUAAACAACGUAAAGGGUCGGUAGGAACAAGCAAAGUCUUAUUUGAAGUACAAAAUCGCCUAGUAAGGCGAGCAAUGCUCUACAAUGUAGUUACACACGAGUUUACCCAUAUACUGGGCCAUAAGCAUUUUUGGAUCAACUAA